AUGCCCAGACAACCCUCAUUGGACUCGGAGCGACCUAUCAUUGCCAAAUCUACCAUCGGAAGCCUACCUAGUGGUGAUCCCAGACUGGCUGAGUUCAACCACCUGCGCGAUGGCCUCGAGCGUCUAGAGAACAAACCCCUUCUGAAGCAACGUUUCGUCCCUACACCAGAGAAAAGCGACAACCUCAGUAAGCUGGCCCUUGGUGCAAAAGUGGAACGCGCACUGGGACGGCGAAUGACUAGUCAAGAUGCCGUCAUGCGGAAGCCCGUUCUAGAUGAGAAGGUCGCUACUUCGGAGACCUCCGCAGCUUAA